UCGAAAGUGUGUGUGUGCGCGCGCGAUUGACAGCGAUUCGAGGAGAGACGCGCGAGAGUUAUGGCACCACCGGACAGGUUCGUUCGCUCGCGGAGCCAACACGGCAGCAGUCACUCGAUUUUCGAUUUAGCUCAGAUCCGAGCACUGGUAGAAUCAACCGGUGCCCUAAACUCAGUAUGCCCGUCCUGCGACAUGCCCUUCGACAAGGGCAAAAAACGCCGGCUGAUCGAUUCCUGUGGCCACGAGCGUUGUUACUCGUGCAUGUUCCACAACGAAGCAUGCCCUCUGUGCUUCAACGAGGUCCACAGGCGCGUCCUUGACAAUGACGAAUUCGUCGAGGAAGAACACGAGGAAGACGACGAAAAAGCCAUAAUUGGUUUACCCGUGAGUAACGGCGUUCACAACGGGCGCUACUUUAACGCCAGCCACUGUCUCGAUUGGCUUGAGAGUUCGUCGGCGGCCAAUUCACUUUGUGGUAGUCCAAGGCCCAGACUGAAGUUUGCGGCGAGAACCCAUCCACCGGCACAGCGAGCCCAGAAACUAAAUGACGAUGGAAAGUGUUUGAAAGGAAAGCCUCCAAUUCUCCCCGAAUCACGCCAUAAGGUUCAAGACAUGGUUCAAAGUUGUCCAACGCCGCCAACUCAGCGCAAAAAAUUCUUCCUGAACGCGAAAGCGCUGAGAAGUCCUUUCGCAUCCGUUCGACAGUCCAAGCGAGACGAGGUCCAGACAACGCCAACGCAGCCGACGCCACCGCAAGAUCACGCUUCGACGGAUAAUCCCUCUGCACUUUCUGACGAUGAGGCGGCCUUACCCCCCGAUGCGUCGAUCGGUAGCAGUCUCGCGAGUCUCGAAGCGCGCACUCACGCUUCGACUAACACGAGUCCCGUGUCCACCCUCACCGGAACCUCCAGCGAGGCCGAAGUUGCUGCAGCUGCCCUGCGCAGUCCGCUCAAGUCCAAAGGAAAGUCCAAGGGCAAAAAGACGCGCGACGCCGGUAGCCUGGCGUCCAUCUCGACAUCCGCCUCUACGUCGAUGUCCAUGUCAAUGUCUGUCUCCGGCUUGUCGAACGGAAGCUCCAGUCCUCUGGCUUCGAGGAGACAUUCCGUCACGACCUCGCAACCCGGCCAGAUCGACGAGAACGCCUUCAGAAAUCGGCGCGUCUGCGUCAGGCGAUCGGCGCGCGCUGCCAACGCCAAAGGCUCCGGUCCAGACCCAAAGAUCCGUUUCCUACAACAACACGCACACCUAACAUUGAAGCCCCUGUUUUUCGAAGUACCACUUCUCGAAAGUGACCCUCUCUUCAUCGGGCGUCACUGGCUCCUACAAGAGUUACAAAAUCUCGUUGAUGGUUCAAGUCCAGGUGGAUGCAUUUCGGGUUCACCGGGUACCGGUAAAACUGCCCUUGUGCUCCAACUCGUCGAUUACAGUUGUUUCGGCCGUAAACGCAGCCAAGCUCCAGCUAGGACCGAAUUGCAAGAGCCUGACAUCAUCGAGGAGUACGAUGCUGCCAUGACCGCGAAAAUGAACAUCGAGAAGACCAACGAGAAAAUACGUGAAUUGGCAUCGCAAGUCGUGGCCUACCACUUCUGUCAGGCGGACAACAAUUGCACCUGCCUCGUGCCCGAUCUCAUCCAUUCCCUAGCCGCGCAGCUCUGCCAGGCACCCCAGCUCGCCGCCUACCAGGAGUAUCUCCUCUCCGAGCCUCACCUGCAGGGCUCCCUGUCGCAAAAGGAGUGCACCGUCGAUCCAGAUCUCGCUCUUAUUCGUGGUAUCAUCGAACCACUCGUUAGCCUAAAGAAAGCUGGAAAACUGCCCGAUACAAAUAUGCUAAUCCUGAUCGACGCAGUGUGCGAAGCAGAGUACCAUAGACCCGAUAGGGGCGACACGAUAGCUUCCUUCCUAACGAGGCAUGCCCCCAACUUCCCGAGCUGGUUGAAACUCGUGGUGACGGUGCGUAGCCAGCUGGCCGAGUGCACGAAGCACCUGCCCUACACGAGGAUCUGCCUGGACCGGUGUGCGAACGAUGCGUCUGGCACAAAGGUCAGUAAGGACGUGGCCGACUACGUUGGGUUCAGACUAGCCCAGAGUCCAGCGAUACUGGCCAACGUGACGCCGGCCACUCUCAACGGCAAGACCGAGUCCUCGUGUGCGACUUCGCAGACCAGGUUCGCCAGCCACCUGCUCAGUUUGGCCAACGGGAGUUUUUUGUUUGCCAAGCUCACCUUGGAUCUUCUCGAGAGCGGUCACCUCGUUGCAAAGUCUACCAGUUACAAGGUCCUGCCAGUUUCGUUGGCUCAGAUUUAUUUGUUGCACUUUAAUCUUCGAUUUCCAACUGCAACGUCAUUCGACAAGGUCCAGCCUCUGCUGGGGGUAUGUCUGGCUGCUCUGAAUCCACUAACUCUGCCGGAAAUAUUUUACUCCGUCAAUUCACUGAACAAUAACUUCGUGAUCACCUGGGAAGACUUCAUGCAGAGAUUUAAGAUGCUCUCUGGAUUCCUUGUGAAACGACUUGACAAUACCUACAUGUUCUUCCAUCCAUCGUUCAGGGAAUGGUUGAUGAUAAGGGAUGAGGGCGAGUCGACAAAGUUCCUCUGCGAUUUUCGUCUGGGCCACGCUGCAAUAGCCUUCCGUUUGUCCAGACUUCAAGCACCUUUGGAUGGGGAAAAGUCACUCGAGCUCGGACACCACAUCUUAAAAGCUCACGUUUACCGAGGUGCCACGCCAGUCUGGCCCCCUCGUGAUCUUCAGGCUGCAUGGCUAGCAUCAUCAUCCGGAUGUGUUUCGUCAGCUCUGUGUACGUUGCGCAACGUCUACAGUCCAAACGUCAAGGUUUCGCGAUUGCUGCUACUAUCUGGUGCGUCACCCAACUUCAUCACAGAAUAUCUGGGCAAUGCACCCGCGCUAUGCAUGUACGCUCAUGAAGGAUCUGUCGAGAUGGUUUCUCUGCUACUGGAGUUUGGAGCCGAUGUGGAACUUACCAACAGCCAAGGUUGCACUGCUUUGAUUUUGGCGGCUGCUCGUGGACACUGUGAUGUCGUAAGAAGGUUAGCCGCAGCCGGUGCAUCGCUAGGCCACACUGACAUGGCAGGACAGUGUGCACUCGUCCAUGCGGCGCGUCAUGGUCGACUACCCGUGGUCGGUUACCUGUUGGCCUGCGACUGGGUCGUUUCACCAAACCACGAGGAAGGAGCCACAGCUUCCGGUUCCACCUCGACGUCGACUUCCUUGGCAUCGUCAUCCUCAACCCCCGAAGUCAGCCGGGAAGAAGCAGCUCAGCAGGCGGUCGUUGCCGCAUCGGCCAAGGGCCACGAGUCCAUCGUCGAGUAUCUACUGGACAUGUCCGAGGUCGUUGUAGACAGACCCGACACUUUGAUCGGAGAGACUGCCCUGACGAUCGCUGCGGCUAACGGAUCGACAGCCACGGUCUCGGCUCUCUUGGCUCGUGGAGCCGACAGAACAGUCCUGAACGCCAAGGGCUUCUCGGCUCUCAUGCUCGCGGCCAGGGAGGGCCACUACAGUACUUCCGAAAGACUGCUUCAAGGUUCGUUAUCGAUGAGUACGGACGAAGAUGUCGAAGUAACGACAUUAUUACUCAAACAAAAGGACCCGGUCGGUAGAUCGGCCCUCUCGUUAGCAGCUUCGGAGGGCCACACGAAUCUCAUAGUUCUGCUGUUGGACAAGGGAGCCAUGCUCGAGGGUACGGAUAAGGAGGGCCUCACCGCUCUGGCUUGGGCCUGCGUGCGCGGUAGGUUAUCUGCUGCCCAAUGCCUCAUCGAUCGAGGCGCCGACGUCAACACGUGCGACAAGACUGGAAGGACGCCUCUUGAUUUGGCCGCGUUUCAGGGCAAUCCAAAACUCGUCCAACUACUGCUCGAGCGGGGUGCGGCUAUCGAACACGUUGACCUUCACGGCAUGCGGCCACUCGACCGAGCCAUCGGCUGUCGAAACAUCCCCGUGGUGCAGUGUUUCUUGCGCCGCGGUGCCAAACUGGGCCCGGCCACUUGGGCCAUGGCCGCGGGCAAGCCCGACAUUCUCUUGAUACUCAUGAACAAGCUGUUGGAGGACGGUAACGUGCUCUUUAGAAAAAGCAGACUGAAGGAGGCGUCGCAUCGUUACGCGUACGCGUUGCGUAAAUUUCCUGCGUCGCCGGACCAGAUGAGCCAAGCCCCCGAGCACGAGGACCACAAUCACGCCCUGAUGCACGCGCAGGCGUUUGUUCAGCUCAGGAUAAAUUUCUUGCUGAAUCUCAGCAGGUGCAAGCGUAAGAUGCAGGAGUGUGAAGAGGCGAUCGAGUUGGCGGACGAGGCCCUUAGGAUUCGUCCAUUGUCGUACGAGGCAUAUUACGCGCGAUCUAAGGCCAAAUUGGACGCGGAUCGGUUGGACGAGGCACUGGACGACAUUGAAGAGGGCUUGCGGCUGGCGCCGCCGCAAAACCGGCAGGACCGUAGAGUCUUGGUGUCGCUGCGCGACGAAAUCAUAUCAAAGAUCGAGGGCACGGGUAUUGGCAGCAGCAAAUCGACGCCAGCUACGGUUGGCACAAGCGGUAGCUGCGGCACGAGGAGUAGGAUACGCGCGUCCUUCGAUACCCUUACCGAGCUCUAA